AUGCCCGAUCUGAAAGCCACCCCUGACGUUCAGUUGUCCAUCGAACUCCUCCCACCCAAGAAACUAAAAGAGCCGCUACCACCAUUGCUGAGCAAGAUCUUAACACUGCGGAAUGACCAGCUCGUCAAGAAUGCGUCAAAUUCAGACGCAGCUACAGCUCGCCGUGCAGAGCAGCGAAGUGAAAGGGUGCAAGCCGAGAUGAAGCAUCUUUUAAGGAAGGAAGAGGCCCAGGCGCAGUGGACGAUCAAAUUUGACAAGCAGCGCGAAGCCCAAGAAGCAAGCAAUGCUGCUCUCCAAGAGAAGAGACAGAGAAGGAAUGUAGAGGACAGAGCUGGCAUGGGUGAGCUCACCGAGACAAGAGACCAUUUACAGGCCUGGGCGCGCGAAAGGGGUCUGUUACGCAAGGCGAAGUACGAGAGCGACGCAGACUUCAGAGCACGGAUAGACAAUCUGACAGCCUACCUUGACAAGAUGUUCCAGACACACAAGGGGAAGAUCGAAACAGAAAGUCUGAGAUACGUCGAGGGCUUCCCUGUCCGAGACCGCAUGAAAAGGCCGGCGCUUUUCCCAGACAGGCUGACGGGCUGUCUCAGGGCAAAGUGUCUGCAGUGUGAUGUUCGUCAAAUGCGAUGCUCACUCGAGAUGGGCGGCGUGAGAGGCGAAGCUUGCAGCGUCUGCAGGAGACACGGCGAAGGAGACGAAUGCUGCUUUUGGCAGCAGAACUACGGAAAUCCUAUUGACAGCCGCUUUAUAUUGACGAAGCAGCAGGCAAGUAAAACCCAAAAGGACGUGGAUGAGGUAGCGCGCAAAUGGCAUAGAGUACGCAGCUGCAUCAAACUUGAUGCCUUCAACGGGGCUCUGCAAGAAUGCUGGACAGCAUCUUUUGCUUUGCCUCGGUCACAACACUGGGACGAUGAGCAGACGGAUGAUCUUGAAGAUGACAGACAGAAGACAGGGGAGGAGGACGUCGUGUCAGUAUAG